GGCGACCUCAACACCAUAAUCACCCUCUCCGCGUACCUCCACCUGGACGACGUAUAGUUGCAGGACAAUGAGUUACAACAACUACGACACGUCCUACACAUCGUACGGAACUGGCGGUGGAGCGGGCGGCGGCGGCUUCAUCCCCGGCGACGGCAGCCAGACAAGCCCUAGCGGACGACGGGACUUUUCUCAAGACUCUCUCCGACCUGUCACCAUCAAGCAGAUUCUCGAUGCGCAGCAACCAACAGAUGAAAUCUUCAAAAUCGACGGAACCCCUAUCGCGCAACUCACCUUCGUCGGACAAAUCCGGAACAUCUCAAGUCAAACCACGAAUAUUACUUAUAAACUCGAUGACGGUACCGGCAGCAUUGAAGUGAAGCUUUGGGUUGACAGCGACGACUUGAAGCAGCCCGAUUCCAGCAAACCUAAGCUCGUGGAAAAUGCAUACUGCAGGGUAUGGGGCAAGCCGAGGUGCUUCAACAACAAGAAGCAUGUCGGCGCACACAUCAUUCGCCCCGUUGAAGAUUUCAACGAGGUCUCAUACCAUCUCCUUGAAGCCACAGUCGUGCAUUUGUACUUCACGCGGGGUCCACCUGGGGGCGCAGCAGGCGCAGCAGGCGUGGCAGGCACUGCUAUGAAUGGUGCACAAGGCCAGGAACAGACCACGGCUAGCAGUUACGCUAGCGCAAUGGGUGGAGAGAACUUGUCAGCAUAUUCGGCAAUGGCACGGAAGGUGUACAAUCAUAUGAGGGUCGCACCACAGACGAACGAGGGCCUUCAUCAACAGGAAAUUGCGGCAAGUCUACGUGCAGAGAUUGUUGAUGUAGCAAGAGCUGGCGACGAAUUGCUGACUGGUGGUCUCAUAUACACCACUGUCGAUGAUCAGACCUGGGCUGUCCUUGAAGCAGAUUGAAAUUAGGUUGUAUUUCUGCAUUGAGUUUCUUAUUUAGGACGAACACGCGACUCUCAACAUGGAUUGACGGCUUUACGGGAGAAGACAAUGUUGAGGGAAUGGACGUAACGUCAUGAAUGAUGCUCAAGUAGAUGGUGUCACGAUGCAUUAGGAGUAUCCAAAUAAGGCACACCUCUACCGACUGCUU